AUGGCUCGCUGGGGUCAUUUUGCCUUGCUGUCAUUGCUGCUGCUUUUUGCAGCGCCCGGUGUAUCAUGUGCCCUCUUGGACCAUCUCUCCUCCCCCACCAUAUACCAGGCCGGGACCGAGAUUCCUAUCACCGUGAACUCACUGACUUCCAAGAGGGGCCUGCUUCCGUACAAUUUCUACUCCGUGAAAACCUGUCAGCCCGAUGAACGGCGGAUGCGGGACGAGCGAAUCCACGAGAAUCUUGGCGAGAUCCUUCUUGGAAACCGCAUCUUGCCCUCUAUGUAUUCCGUGAAGGUUGGGGAGAACAUUACCUGCCGAGAGGUGUGCUUCGUGGCGUAUUCUGAGUCUGAAAUGAAGCGACUCCAAAAACUCAUUGAACAGCAAUAUUGCGCCCACAUGUUUCUUGAUGGUGUCCCGCUGCUGGAAAGGCCCUUGAAUGCCUCAACCGAACAACAUCUCCGGGUUGGUUACCAACUUGGCGUGCCUGCGGCAAGCGAUGAAUCAACAAAGACGACCAUACACAAUUACCUGCAUUUUAAAGUGACGUACACAAAUGCGGAGCAAGGCGGAUUCUCAAUUACUGGGUUUUACGUCGUCCCAAGCUCAGUGAAUGUACUCACUGGCUGUCCGGAUCCGGAAACUACGGAAGGUGGGUCGAUCCAACCUGCGACUCCUGAAUCAAUGGAUGUGAAGUACUUUUAUUCUGUGUCUUGGGAAUUGGACACGGAGAAAAUUGAGUUUGUGGCGACACGAUGGGAUGUGUACGCCCGUGCUGGGCAUCCGGCAUCAAAGAGGGGUCACUUGAUGGCGAUUAUGAAUUCCCUUGCGUUACUCAGUUUUUUGGGAAUAAUUGUCAUGGUUAUUCUGACGCGGACUGUUCGUAAGGACCUUCUGAGCUACGCGGAUGCCGACUUGGCUGAAGAGAAUUCGGAGGAAAGCGGGUGGAAGCUUGUGCGUGGAGAUGUGUUUCGCGCUCCCCCAAACGCUUUGCUCUUCACCUCGCUUGUUGCUACCGGCUGCCAGGUGGUUUUUAUGGCCGGCGUUGUGGUUAUUGCAGCAGUUUUGGGCGUUGUGCAUCCAUAG